AUGAUCUCUCUUUUCGCCGCAUCGCUGCUCUUGCUGCUACUUCUCGCCAAUGCCGCCGAUCCAGAUCCACUCCAGGAUCACUGCGUUGCGGAUCUAGACUCGGAGAUCCAAGUCAACGGCUUUCCCUGCAAGCCGAGCGAGAACACGACCGCCAGCGACUUCAAGUUCUCGCGCCUCGCAAAUCGCGGCAACACCAACAACGAGCUGGGACUGUGGAUCACCCGCGCGAGCGUGGAGGAGUUUCCAGGGGUGAACACCAUGGGCUUGUCCUCGGCGCGAGCAGACUACGCGGCCAAGUAUGGGAUGAAUCCCCCGCACGUCCAUCCCCGGGCCUCGGAGACGUUCUACCUCUUCGAGGGCGAUCUCAUGUACGUGGGAUUCGUGGACACGGACUACAAAUUGUAUGCUACGUACCUGACUUGCGGAGAUUUGUUUGUGUUCCCUCGGGGGCUUGUGCAUUUCCAGCUCAAUGUGGGCCGCAACCCGGCGUCUGCCUUCGUCUCGUUCAACAGCCAGCGUCCGGGGCUCUUGCAUGUCAAUCGCGGCCUCUUCGCAACCGAUCCCCCAGUCUUGGACGAGGUGCUCACGAGGAGCUUCGCGAUCUCGGAGGAGAUGCUAAAGAUUAUGAGAGGAGAGAUCGAAGAACAGUUUGAGGGCACUAACAUUGACUAG